AUGAAGAACAACAGUACGAUGUUGAAAGACGAAGGAUUCUUAUCUAUGCCUGCUGUAAUUGGCUUGACGACUUCAACAGCAACAAUUUUGCUAAUGGAUUUAGUUGGGAAUACUUUAGUUUUGUGCGUGAUUUACCGCCAGCGAAACAAGUUGAACCUGCGUGUUGGAAAUAUGUUUAUUGCUAAUCUCUGCGUAGUUGAUGUGAUGAUAGGCGUAUUUCUGAUCCCCUUCUCCAUGUUUGUGACCAUUGAGGGAAGAAAAGUUUUAACAAAUAAAGUUUGUCAGAUUAAUGGCUUCGUGAAUAUUCUUGUUGGCUCCGCCUCAAUAUGGACUUUAGCCUUUAUCAGCAUCGACAGGUACAGUGCCAUAGUUUUUCCUCCAGGAAGACGUCUGAAGUUACACCAAGCAAGAUGGCUAAUCUGUAUAAUUUGGCUCUUGUCAUUUAUCUUGGCGUUUGGACCUGUAAUUGGGAUAGGUAGAUAUAAGGUUAUGCCAAAGAGUACCAACUGUCGGCCGACUGGAGUGAGUUACAUGCUGUUGCUUUUUUUCAUUGGUUUCCUGUUACCAUUAGUCACGAUGAUAUACUGCUAUUUGAAGAUCUAUUUAAAAGUCAGAAGGCAUCGAAGACAGCUUCACAUAUGGUCAAACUGUGAAAACAGAAUGAAAGCAGAAAUGAAAACAUCGAAAGUCGUAUUCACCGUCUUGUUUGUGUUUCUAGUGUGUUGGAUACCUUUUGUUACCGUAUACGUUCUAUCAAGCAAUGUCGACAGUGGUAAAAUUUCCUCCGUUGUAUAUCUCGUGAGCGGUUGUCUUGCUGCAGCUCAUUCCGCUGUCAAUCCAAUAAUUUAUGUCGCUCUGAAUAAAACGUUCAGAAGAGAGUUCAUUGAUAUGAUUCGCAACUUUAGUAUUUCAAUCUGUGACAUACACAAAAGAUGAUUUGGAUGAUCCAGUCGUAAGAAUCAUUUUGUCGUUAAAAAACAAUGUGGUCCGAUAUUUUCCCAUAAAGACCGUGCGCUUGGUUAAUAAGGGCUUAAUAUUUCCAUUAUAAGACAAACCGAAUUAGGUUCCGCUAUGUGCAAACUUUUAGCGUUACUACUUUUUUCAAGGGCAUUAUUCUUUUAUUAAUCGAAAAAACUAUUCAAAGUUUUACAACACGCAGAUACCGAUAAAAGUAUAACUUCGAAGUAUCCUUGUUUCAAUGUACAUAUUCCCCGGUUAUGAAAACUGCUGUAUUGGUUAAAAUCCAAAAUAAAAUAUAGGUAUUUUAAAAUAUAUAUUUGUCAUUUCAUGUUUCUUGAGCAGGUGAUGUGCGUAGCACCAUCUGGAUAUAACAAGUUACUAAACAUUUUUCAAAUUCAUGUUAGGUGAAUGGGUGAAAGCUAAAAUCAGAGCACUAAGAAAUAGCUUUAGUAAAGCAAAGAAGC